AUGGCUGAAAAUUCAACAGAUGAACCGUUUAUCACCGAUACAAGCACAGCUGAUUCAACACAAGUAGGCUGUACAUCAUGGUUAUUAAUGUCAUGUAUUAUCCUGACAAUGUCAACAGCAUUUGUCUUCGGAUGGGGUCUUGGCGCACCGAAUCAAUAUAAUGUAUUUACUGAGAAAUUUUUGAGUGGUAGUAAUCCAUGUAUUGUUAAACCUCCCGAUGAUUCACUAUUGAACUUAGCCACAUCGACAAUACCAGAUGCCAUUGUUGCGAUGGGGGUGAACGUUGAAAAUCCUAUGGAAGACAUAACUACAAAAAUACCAACAAGACAUCAAAUACGACCUCGUUUUAAUUUUGUAUUGGAAUUAAUCAAGGGCCUGCCGCAAACUGCAUUUUUAAUUGGUGCAUUCAUUGGCGCAUUAACUGGUCCACAUUGGACCAGCUGCCUUGAUCGCAAGAAAAGUGUUUAUGCAAAUUUUGUAUUUUGUUUUGCAUCAUCCAUUUUUGUUAUAUUAUCAUAUUAUUUACGUUACCCAUCGUUCUUUUAUACAUCACGUGUUUUAUUGGGUUAUCAAGGAGGAAUGGCUUGCGUUAUAGUACCACCAUAUAUUGGGGAAAUUGCUUCGCAGAAGGUACGGGGUGCAGCAGGUGCCUCGUUUCAAUUGUCACUUACGAUUGGUAUUUUAAUGGCGCAAAUCACUGGUCUACCUGCUCUGGCUGGAACAUGUCGUGGUUGGGGCUGGGGCUUAGGUAUUGUGUUCAUUUUACCGUUGAUUGCCACCUUUCUCUUGUUUUUCGUUCCAAAUUCACCAACACAAUUGAUAAGAAAAUAUGGUAAUGAAGAACAAGCUAAAAAGGAUUUAAAAAAAUUACGUGGUACUCCAGACGUUAGUAAGGAUUUGACUACUAUUCAUGCUCAAUCAAACGCAGAAGGUGGUACCAAAUCAUUAUCGGUAAUUGCUGUUAUUACCACACCACGUUAUCGUUGGCCAAUGAUAACAGCCGUUGCAUUACAAUUUGCUCAAGCAUUUUCUGGUAUUAAUGCCGUCUUUUUCUAUUCAUCAAAAAUGUUUCAGAAAGCGGGCAUCCCAGAUAACUUAAUUCCCGUUGCUAAUAUUCUCACAGGUUUUAUUAACGUCGUGGCUACUAUUGUUGCGUUAUUAUUGAUGGAAAAAGUUGGCCGUAAACCACUAAUUCUUGGUCCAAUGAGUGUUAUGGUAGUUGUAUUUGGUAUUUUGACGGCCUUAGUUGAAGUUAAUGAAAGAAAAAAUGAUCCUACAUUAGGUUGGGUUAGUGUCGUUUUUGUUCUCAUUUUCAUUGUUUGUUUUGCUAUUGGUCUUGGACCAAUACCAUUUUUCUAUACGUCUGAAGUAUGCCGUCCCGAAGCACGUGAUAGUAUACAAUCAUUGGGUCAGGUGGCCAAUUAUCUUGGUAACAUAUUAUUAUCAUUAUUUUUUCCGAUAUUAAAUUCAAUAUUAGGUGGGUAUGUAUUUCUUAUAUUUUGUCUAUUAGUUUUAUCUUUCGCAAUAUUUUUAUAUAUAAAAAUGCCCGAAACAAAAAAUAAAUCAAUUGAAGAAAAUGAAAAACAUUGGAACAUUACUAAAUGA